GGGCUGGUAAACUGUUCCUUGGCAGUGUCCUCUCACUGAAGCGCAUGUCUAGUGCAAGGCCUUGUGUGACGUAGGCUCUGGUCGUUCACUGCUUUGACUGGUAGAUGAUAGUAAGCUAAAGCUAGCAAGUGCACGGGAGUGGAUCCAGCGGUGCCAACCGUGGAGUACAGAGGACGAAACGAACUAACAACCCGCAACCCGUGGAAAAACCUCAAGACCAGGGAUUGAAUUUCUGAGCUUUCAAAUCCUGCUGCCCACACGACAUGCGUGUACUUCGAUCCAUGGAAGUUAAUGUUUAAUUUCAGGGAUUGUAAAACGGUUUCAAGGUGGCGACAGAAAAGGUUGCAGGCAAGCUGAGUUCUACUCUCUCAUGGGUGAAGAACUCCGUCUCCCACACCGUCAGUCAGAUGGCUAGCCAGGUGGCCGCGCCCUCCUCCCUGCACACCACCACCUCCUCCUCCACCACCCUGUCCUCGCCCGCCCUCACGCCCUCCUCGCCCGCCGAGCUCAGCCCGGAUGAGGUGGAGCUCCUGGCCAAGCUGGAGGAGCAGAACCGGCUCCUGGAGACGGACAGCAAGUCGCUGCGCUCGGUGAACGGCUCGCGGCGCAACAGCGGCGCCUCCCUGGUGUCCAGCUCCUCGGCCUCCUCCAACCUCUCCCACCUGGAGGAGGACACCUGGAUCCUGUGGGGCCGCAUCGUCAACGACUGGGAGGACGUGCGCAAGAAGAGGGAGAAGCAGCUCAAGGAGCUGGUGAGGAAGGGGAUACCGCACCACUUCAGGGCUAUAGUGUGGCAGCUGCUGUGCAAUGCCCAGAACAUGCCCAUCAAGGACCAGUAUUCGGAGCUGCUGAAGAUGUCGUCACCCUGUGAGAGGCUCAUCCGCAGAGACAUCGCCCGGACAUACCCUGAGCACGAGUUCUUCAAGGAGAAGGACAGCCUGGGCCAGGAGGUGCUCUUCAACGUUAUGAAGGCGUACUCUCUCGUGGACCGGGAGGUUGGUUACUGUCAAGGAAGCGCAUUCAUUGUCGGACUGCUGCUCAUGCAGAUGCCGGAGGAGGAGGCCUUCUGCGUGUUUGUGAAGCUGAUGCAGGACUACAGACUGAGGGAGCUCUUCAAGCCCAGCAUGGCCGAGCUGGGACUUUGCAUGUACCAGUUUGAGUAUAUGAUCCAGGAGCAGCUCCCGGAGCUCCACCAGCACUUCCAGUCCCAGAGUUUCCACACCUCCAUGUACGCCUCCUCCUGGUUCCUCACCAUCUUCCUCACCUCCUUCUCUCUUCCCGUCGCCACGAGGAUCUUCGACAUAUUCAUGUGCGAGGGCCUGGAGAUAGUGUUCCGCGUGGGACUGGCCAUUCUCCAGAUGAACCAGGGGGAGCUCAUGCAGCUGGACAUGGAGGGGAUGUUACAGCACUUUCAGAAGGUCGUGCCACAGCAGCUGGACAGCGGCCCUGACAGGGUGAUCCUGAUCGCGUAUCAAGUCAAGUACAACGCAAAGAAGAUGAAGAAGUUAGAGAAGGACUACACUACAAUCAAAACAAAGGAGAUGGAGGAGCAGGUGGAAAUCAAGAGGCUCCGUACAGAGAACAGGCUUUUGAAGCAGAGAAUUGACACCCUGGAGAAAGAAAGUGCUUCCUUGGCAGAUAGAUUGAUCCAGGGACAAGUGACAAGGGCCCAGGAGGCCGAGGAAAACUACCUUAUUAAGCGGGAGCUGGCCACGGUCAGGCAGCAGAGCGAGGAGGCCAGCGCCCAGCUGGAGCAUGCCCAGAUCGCCCUCCGCGAGCUCCAGCAGCGGCAGCAGCCACAAGGGGAGAAGCGCAACCCGCGCUACACGGAGGACUUCAUCCUGCAGCUGGAGCGGGAGCUGGUGCAGGCCCGUCUGAAGGAGGCCGAGUCGCAGUGCGCCAUGAAGGAGAUGCAGGACAAGGUGCUGGAGAUGGAGAAGAGGAACACGGCCCUCCCGGAUGAGAGCAACGUGGCUCAGCUGCAGGAGGAGCUGAUCGGGGUGAAGCUGCGGGAGGCCGAGGCUCUGACCGGCCUCAAAGAGCUGCGGCAGCAGGUGAAGGACCUGGAGGAGCACUGGCAGAAACACCUGGCGCGCACCACGGGCCGCUGGAAGGACAGCCCCAGGAAGAGCGCGGUGAGCGAGCUGCAGGACGAGCUGAUGAGCGUCCGGCUGCGGGAGGCCGAGGUCCAGGCGGAGCUCCGGGAGAACAGGCACAGGAUGAUGGAGAUGGACACGCAGAACCAGAUCCAAGGCAACCAUCUGCGACGGGCGGAGCAGGAAGGGCGGGGCCUGCAGGAGCGCGUGCAGCUGCUGACGGCGCAGAACAAGGACCUCCACGCGCAGCUGCAGCGGUCCAAGCGCAAGCAGGCCGAGACCGAGUGCAAGAACAGAGAGGAGGUGAUGGCCAUCAGGCUCCGGGAAGCUGACAAGGUUGCUGCCAUGGCUGAGCUUCAGCAGCAGAUCUCUGAGCUGGAGAUCCAGAAAGAAGAAGGCAAGGUCCAAGGCCAGCUGAACAGCUCCGAUUCCAGCCAGUACAUCCAGGACCUGAAGGAGCAGAUCGCAGAGCUUAAACACGAGAUUCGCUGCUUAAAAGGCCAGCGGGGCUUGACCAAACCGCCCGCUUUUGACCGCCUCCACAUCGUCAGCCACUACAUCGGAGACGACGAGUCCUACCACUCCUCGGACGACGACGUGGGCAAGAACCUGCUCUGCGCCGUCCCUCGCCCCUUCGAGUCCCGGCCGGGCAGCGGCCGCAUCGUGCUCCGCCCCAACCUGCCGGACACGGACAGCGACGAGGACGAGGAAGAGGAAGAGGAGUCCCUGCGCCUCUCGGUCCCCCCCGCCGGAGGCCACGCCCACAACAGCCACAAGACCACCUCCGUGUGACCGCCGCCCAGGCAGGAACCCGUUCUCCGACUGCCUGUGGUGUGGGAGAGGGGGGGGUGGGGGUCUAACACUACGCUUGUUAGCCAAACGUUUGGGGCUCGAUCGAAAGGGUCACUUUGAUGGCUAAGCGCGAUUUCCAUGCGAGGAAUCUGCCAUCUUUUUCAAUCACAGAGACUGACCUAAGAGACAGUUAUGGUUUCUUAAUGUUGCUGUUGUUUUUAUUAUUAUUUUUUGUUGUUGUUUGUUUGCACCUGCCUUACUUCUGCCAAAAUCAAAUGGAUGUACAUAUCAUUGCCAUUCCAUAGACUGCAGCUGGAUGAGCAAAUGCGAAGAUGGCUGCUAUUUAGCGACAGUGGGCAGAGACUUCACAAGACUGAACGCUGAGGAAGACUCCACCAAGGCAACCGAGGGACUCCCUCACCUACCGUACGGGGGGAGUUUGUGCAAUAUCAUGUUUUAUGCAUGUUGACUUGUUUUUUUUAUGUUUGGCCUUUUUCUAGAAUAAUCGAGUCCACAAGACAGCUACAGGUCUGCAAGAGCUUAUUCAAAAUAAUGCGAAUGAAGCGGUAUGAUCUUGUAAGGUAUUCCAUCCAUACUGUUCUUCUCACAGGGAUAACUCCUGGUAAACAGAGUUGUAGCCUCAUAUCCAGGAUUAAUUAAGCUUCAGGACAUGAAAAUUGAAAGUUUUGUCCAUCAGAAAUGAAUAAAAACAAAGUUAUGUGCUGUUCCUUAAAAACAUUUGGUGCAGUAGAACCUUGGAGAUACAAACAUCAGAUUGAACAGGGUUUGAACCUGGAAGUAGCAUGCACAAUUAGGGUUUAUCAAGGUCCUCCUAAUAAAAUAAAUAUAUUGUGUGUUAUUAAUCACUGAUGCCAAAAGGCAAGCAUUGAACAGAACGGACUCACACUUUCUCAAACAACAGGUGAAGCAAAUACACCUUCUGUACCUGUUUGUUGGGGUCCAUGAAAAAUAAGUUUUGGUUGACCCAUGUAGCUUGUUAGCAGACCACUGCUUUCUUGAUGUUCCCUCACUGAUGCCUCAUCUUUUAUGACAAUUAUAAAAAUGUAUCUCAUCUCUUAACUUCUCAAUGCAAUAUGUAGAUGCUUUCUACAGCAUCUUUAUAGAAAGCUGACAAGAACCGCCCUUCGCAUGCUUUAAACUCAGUCCAGCCCAUGUGUCAUUCUACCUAGUUCUGUACUUGGCCAGUAAUUUUCUGUUUUUCAGUUGUCAACAUAAAGGCAUUUCUUUCUUCAUAAAUAGUUUCUAUUUGAGAGCAAGAGGGCUAUUAAAUUUUUUUGCUAACACUUGUCAACUUCACACAAAAUUAGUUUUAUGCUGCGUACGUAUGUUAAUCACAUCUCGCUUGUUCUUCAAUAUUGGUGCGUCACCGAAAGUUGGGGUGAGCUCUAAAAACACUUUUUAUCCAAACCCAAAUUGUGGCAAAGUCAGUAUCUGGUGAGAAGACCAGAACAAAGUCACGUAGUUUUAAAAAGGUGACAUACAUAUAGCAGGUCACUCAACAGGAGUUCUAUCAUUUGGAAAGACAUCAAAGAAGAAAAAAAAAACGGAUCCAUGUUUUAAUGGGUUUCAGAAUUACGAAUGCUUCGGAGCUCUGAAACACCCAAAGCGUUUGUAUCUCGGAGGUUCUACUGAGUUGAAUUCAUUCAGAGCCCUCACCUGUGUUCCAGAGUUUCUGUGUCGGUGGGAGCCUUGCCCCCCCCCCCCCCCGGUGGUCUUGUAUCAGCACAUGUGGCGUGCUCUGAAAUGCCCGCCGUCCAGGAUGGUUUUUUUCCUCUGGUCGGGUCCUGUGAACGGUCUGCCGUGCUCCGUUGCGGACCGAGCCGCUGCGCUCUCGGCUAAGCCCAGCGCAAGCAGUCUGUGUGGAAUCUGGCUCGCAGAGAGCCUGCAGUGCGAAAGUGUUCUUUAAAGCUAAAACGCUGAAAUUUGGGUCAUAGGUAAGCUGGACACGUAUCUGGUUCUGAUUUUUUCAGGAACGCUAAUGUAGGUCAACCCAGCUCGAUACCUCGGUGCGUGCAGAUAAAUCCGAACCCCCCAAUUCUCCCGAGCUUAUCUGAGACAUGGAUCAUACAACAACUGUUUUCCAGGAUAAGUGCACCUGUAAUAUCAGAAAUGUCAGUCUGUUAGACUCAUGCUUUGUUGGUAUAUUAUGGUCAAUUAGGGACUUUACCUGUAUCUCUCUCUCUCUAUAUAUAUAUAUAUAUAUAUAUAUAUAUAUAUAUAUAUAUAUAUACGCACACUAUGUAUAUGUUCUCCUUGCUUUAUCUUUCUCCUCUAAAUAUUUCAAUAUUGACUUGAAUAUACGAACAACUUGGAUCAUUGCAGAUCAACUGCUCUGUAUCAUUCAACGUACAAUUCAACUUAAAGGGACAUCACUCUAAUGUUAGGUGUUCUCAUGUUCAAUCGAAGUGCUUGACAGGCAAACAUUUUUACAAAUUAAUAUUAUUUAUGGAUAUUUUCAAUAACAAUUUAUGAACAGAAAAUCAACUACAGAUAAUAAAGUUUUGUAUAAUCAAUAUGUAAAGACAUCUGAAGACAAAUACGGCUAGUUACUGAGAAGAUUACUGCAUAAAGAAAUGUUACACUCUAGCACAAGCCUUCAGAUGGCGACGGUGGCAUUGAACAUCAUUCAAAGUGGGCAUGAUCAUGCUUGAGAUGAUGAAGCCUAUGUUUACCAAAAUUACCACUAUCCAUGACUGUACACUACUUUUUUGAUAAGCCAAGAGUUACUGGGAUUACUAGCAGAGCUGAAAAACAAGUCCGUUUGGGAUGUUUAAAUAAUUUUUGAAAGAUAAAAUUGACACCCUGACUUUUUCCUGUAAACAAGUAUUAUUUUAUAGCUGCAGUGUACAGUUUUACAGCAGUGUGUUUACAUUACUCUGACAUUACUUGCAUAUCUCACACAGUAUGUCAGUGAUGGGAACUGGGCUGUGAUUGAAAGGGAGUUUUUGCAAUCAGAUGUUCAAAAGAUAGUAUACGUUCAAAAGACUGCUAGUAUGCGCAGUCAAACCAUUAAGCACUAUGAUGAUUCAGCUUUCUUAUUUUAUUCUGUGUACAUGUGUGAAUGGCAUAUGUAUGUGUAUAUAUACACACAGUACUGGCACAAAGUAGGGAACACUGCAUUUAUAAACAGUGACAACUGAUGCAAUAUUUUAUGCCACUUACUCUUUGGCAUAAUGUGAUAUGUAAUAUCGACAUAAAACAGAAAUGAAGAAAUAAUUAGCAUUUGUGUUAAACAAAUAAUAAUUAUUACACCGUCCUAUAUGUACUAGUCCAUACAUACAUAAUUGAGCAUUCUAAUGUACCUUAAUGUUGGAAAUGUAUAAUCAGUUUGAACAAGUACUUCUGUCUCUGGUAUUUAAUUUUUUUUUUUUUUUAACAUAAAACAAUAAUAUUCAUGGAAAGAAAACCAUUUGCUUUUUUUGGCAUGUAUACUUUAUUUCCAAUUACUGAUGGUCACAUUAUGCCAUUACCACUUGUGUCAGGAAGACCAUUUUGAAUCAUUUUUACAGGAAAAAUGGCUCUGAGAAACAACAACAGAAGAAAGUGCACAGAUAAAAGUUUUACAAGUACUAGACGACUUCUUUAAAGCAGUGUGUCCACCAUUUGUUCCAGUACUGCAUAUAUACUGAGCAGCUGUGCAUUCUAGCACAUCUGUUUGGUAAAUUCAUAAUUUCCCAGUGUUUUGUUCUUGUCACACUGGUGUAUUGAUUCUCACAUUGUGUCAAGGGCUUUUUAAGAUGCACUUAGUUCAUCCUUACUGUGUUUUAAAUGUGUAUAUAACAUUAAUACAUCUCGUACAGUUAUGAAUAUUAUCUAUCCUGUCGGGGGGGUGGGGGGAUCUAAAUAGGGGAUCCACUGUUUCUCAGUUUUUCAUAUCUUUCUUGAAUGACCAUAGAUACUCGUGUCAGUGGAGAUCGGUUGAACCAUUGGGUUUUAAGUUAUUUUUAACAAUAGACCUCCGGAGUCGGACAGUGACCUCACUUUCUGUAUUCCCAGGAUAUACUGCAGGCAAGAGACAACUCCAGGAUCCUGUUUUUUGGUGAUUGUACUAAGGUCAGUGGUGUGAGGUUCAUGGGUCAUUCCUCAGUGUCUGUAUGUUCACCUGCUGGGGACACAGGAUGGAUGGAUACAGUUGAAGCAGAGAAAACUUGUGGCUGCAUUACAAAGUACUGGUCAGUGGACACAUUUGACAGAUAGCACUAGAAAUCAAGUAUCACACUAUACACUUCAUAUGAGAAAAAAAAACUGUGUGAUGUGUUCUAAAUAAAAUGUACAUGAUUUUAAAAA